UAUUCCCUGGAGGUGUGACGCUAACUGAAGGCUCUGCUCUGUCUGAAGCUGUGUUACUCAAGUUUGACUUUAAUUUAGGCUUUGUUUUAACACAACAAUCUGAGCAUAAAGAACUGACUUAGCAACAAACAACAGGUAAAGAGGAGACCUUUUCAUCAAAUAAAUAUCCAAAACCAGGAACAAAAACACAGACUGAAACCCUCAUAGGAAAAAUACUGAAAAAGGACGCCAUUUUUGGAACAACAUGAAGCUAAAAGAUGAACUAAACCCUGUGAUACUUAUACUCUUCCAUGUUAUCGUUGGAUUGUACACUGUGCUCACAUUCCUCCCAUCUUACCUCUUAAACAUGCUCUCCUCCUCUGAACAAAUCCACUACGGUUCUGAGGAGGAUAGAGCCAGAAGAACCAAGGCCAAAUCCGUGUCCGGCCGACCCGAGGGACCCUACCGAGCCGUGAGCGCCACCAAGAGGCUGCUGACGACGGUGCAUCCCGGAGUGGACACGCUGGACAAGAUGUUGGAGUACGCGGCGGAGAAGUUUCCUCACAGGGACUUUCUGGGAACGAGGGAAGUGAUCUGUGAAGACGACGAGAAACAGAGCAACGGAAAAGUCUUCAAGAAGGUGAUCCUGGGUCAGUACCGCUGGCUCUCCUAUGAGAAGGUCCACAGGUUGGCGAGGCAGUUUGGCAGUGGACUCUUAGCUCUGGGACAACAGCCCAAAAACAACAUCGCCGUCUUCUGUGAGACCAGAGCAGAGUGGAUGAUCGCUGCUCAGGCCUGCUUCAUGUACAACUUCCCCUUGGUGACCCUGUACUCCACCCUGGGAGGUCCGGCCAUCGCCCACGGCCUGAAAGAGGCAGAGGUCACUCACAUCAUCACGAGUAGAGAGCUGCUGGAGACGAGGCUCAAGGCCAUCCUUAUAGAAGUGCCCAGACUGCAGCACAUCAUUGUAGUGGACGACUCCCCCUCCUCAUGGCCCGGUUACCCACGAGGCAUCAGUGUUCACAACAUGGCUGCCGUUCAGAAGCUCGGAGCAAAGCCUGAGAACGCCUCUCGUGAGCGUAAGCAGCCCCUCCCCUCGGACAUCGCUGUGAUCAUGUACACCAGCGGCUCCACAGGGGCACCCAAAGGUGUCAUGAUCUCCCAUAGCAACAUCCUGGCAGGCAUCACAGGCAUGGCCGAGCGCAUCCCCAACCUCUGUGAGGAGGACACCUACAUCGGGUACCUGCCCCUGGCCCAUGUGCUGGAGCUGAGUGCAGAGCUGGUGUGUGUCUCCCAUGGGUGUCGCAUCGGGUACUCCUCGCCCCAAACCCUCGUCGACCAGUCUACAAAGAUAAAAAAGGGAAGUAAAGGAGACACGAGCGUUCUGCAGCCGACCCUGAUGGCAGCUGUACCAGAGAUAAUGGACCGUAUCUAUAAAAACAUCAUGGGGAAAGUGGAGGAAAUGAGCUACUUCCAGAGAACGCUCUUCACUUUGGCCUACAGCUACAAACUGGACCAGCUCAGCAAAGGCAACAACACCCCUCUGUGCAACAGGCUGGUUUUCCGUAAAGUGCGCUCUCUUUUGGGUGGUCGUGUUCGGGUACUCCUCUCAGGGGGUGCUCCUCUGUCUGCAGCGACUCAGCGCUUCAUGAACGUGUGCUUCUGCUGCCCCGUGGGUCAAGGCUAUGGACUGACCGAGACCUGCGGUGCUGGGACCAUUAGUGAAUUGUGGGACUACAGCACAGGGAGAGUGGGAGAGCCGCUGGUCUGCUGUGAGAUCAAACUCAAAGACUGGUUAGAAGCUGGAUACCGGAGCACAGACAAGCCCCAUCCCAGAGGAGAGAUCCUGGUCGGGGGUCCUAAUGUGACGAUGGGCUACUACAAAACUGAUCCCAGAAUGCAGCAGGACUUUGAGGUGGACGAGACCGGACAGCGCUGGUUCUGCACUGGGGACGUCGGAGAGGUCCAUGACGACGGGUGCCUUAAAAUAAUUGACAGAAAGAAGGACUUGGUGAAGCUUCAGGCUGGAGAAUACGUGUCUCUGGGGAAAGUGGAAGCUAUGUUGAAAAACUGUCCUCUCAUCGACAACAUCUGUGCUUACGCCAACAGCGAUGAGACGUACGUGAUUGGUUUCGCGGUGCCUAAUCAGAAGCACUUCCUGUCCCUGGCUGAACAAUAUGGCGUCCGUGGGUCUUUUACAGAGCUGUGCAACAACACGACGAUGGAGGAGCUGGUGCUGAAGGUCCUGACGGAGGUGGCUCUGGGAGCCCAAUUGGAGCGUUUUGAGAUUCCUCGUAAGAUCUGCCUCAGCCCCGACCCCUGGACCCCAGAGACCGGACUGGUGACUGAUGCGUUCAAACUCAAACGCAAAGAGCUGAAGUCCCAUUAUAAAGACGACAUCGAGAGAAUGUACGGCGGAAAGUAACCAGGAAACAAGAAACCGCUCGGACAGAUUUGAACUGAAUUAUUAAAGUUUUAUUCAAACCUCUCUCCCUUAAAAAAAAUACCGUUAAAGGGCCAGUACCUGAUUUUGAACCAUGAGUCAGCGGUGUGUUUUAGUUUGAACUUUUAGCCCUGCUCACUUUUAAACAACUGUCUGGAAUAGUGUCAGGCAGUUGGUUUCCCAUGAUUCUUAGUACCAAUGUGCCUAAUUGGACAAAAAAGGUGAUCCUGUCAGUUCUGCAUUAGUUGUUGGUAUUAGUUAUAAUAAAUCAGGUACUGGCCCUUUAACAGCGGUUGUAGAGUCUGUUUACAUUACAGCGCCCCCCCUUUAAUAUCCUUAACACAUACAGUAAAGAUAAUAUUAAUGGGGGGCCUUGUAUACUCAUAUUAAACCAUCCCUUUUACUUGAAUCUGUAUAGCUUAAAUGCGCACUA